GGCGCGCACACGCACAGAGAGGAGGACUCUGCGUGCACAACAAGGAUCCGUACUGCCUGAACUAAACCACACCUCAAAAACAACCAAGAUGCUUUCACUCCACAGACCACACAAAAGAGUCGGAUGGGCCACAGAAAUGUUUUGCUUUUGAAAGCUUUAAAAGAAAAAGAAAAAAAAGGAGCGCAGCUGCUCGGCCGAGCGCAGCCCACAGCAGCUCGGCUCCAUCCGGACAUCCUCGCCCGCGUCCCCGCGUGGGAAAGUCUGCAACAUGCCUCCACAGCAUGCAUGACACGCACACAAGAAAGAUCUCUGAACGGUGGAGUGCCUUUACAGUCCUCCGUGCGCAAUAAGGAAUCACACACCACCAUUCCUACUCCUCGUUAGAGUUAAUAAAAAGAGCAAGUGUUGCUAUGGAGAAUCUCAGUGAGCUCCAGAACCCUUUGUUGGACAAAAACAGCAAGCAGAUGGUCAACGGUUACGGAGGAGACUUCCCUAACAACCACUACCAGGAAAACAUUAUCAAUUACUUUUCUGGAGGAGGUGGCGAGAGCGGCGGCGGAGGAGGCGGCGGCAAGGUGAACAACGUGGUGAGCGCAGGCGGUUACAGUAGCAACGCCAAGAUCAAGUCGCAGCAGCUCUUGGACGCCACGUCGCUGCAUUUGGCCGUGGAGGCCUUCUACAGGCCCAACUUCAUCCUGUACAAGGAGGACAAUGGCAGCAUCAAAGCAAAGGAAUACAAAAGUGAGUGCUGUGAGACCACCUUCACGGAGAAGAAGGCCAAGGAGACAUCAAACGUGGUCGGAGGGGACGCCUCAGCCCCGGAGGAGCCACAGACCAAGAUGAUGGAGGAUGGAGAGCACGUGAAGAUCCAGACUGUUUCAUACGAGGUGGAGGAGGAAGAGUAUGUGGAGUAUGAGACGGACUGUUCCAGUGACAGCGAGAGUGAGGACAACUUUAUUGUGGUGCCUCCAAGGGACCACCUGGGCUUGGCCAUCUUCUCCAUGCUUUGCUGCUUCUGGCCUCUGGGAAUUGCAGCGUUUUACUUCUCGCAAGGGACCACCAAGGCGGUGCACAAAGGGGACUUCCCGUUGGCCAACAUCGCAUCACGACGCGCUCUCUUCCUGGCCGCCCUCUCCAUCACCAUCGGCACCGGCGUCUACGUGGGCGUGGUGGUGGCACUCAUCGCCUACCUUUCGAAACCGGGACACAUAUAGUGUCUGCUCGCUUCCAACCUGGGGAGAGCCCGAGAAGAAGAAGAAGAAGAAGAAGAAGAAGCCUCCUUAGGGAAAAACAGCAGUGCUGGUGCUGCACGUUUGGAGGAAAGUAUUUUGGGGGGGGUUAGCUGUACAGUUUCCCCUGCCACCUUCCUGUCUUUUUCCUGCAGACUUCCUUUCAGACACAAUUGGGAAAAAGGGUCAAACUGGAAGGUUUUAAUGUUAUUGAGACUUGGAAAAGUUUUGAGGAAUGACUAUUUCCCAAGUGGGAGCUCAACAUCCAAUUGACUUCAUCCCUUGUUGGACGUUCCUCCUGUUGGCUGUUGUUGUCAACUUCUAAGAAAUGAAACAAGCUCGAAGUGAGCGCUAUCGGACGUUAAGGUCACGAAAAAUCGAAACGCAUCUUUGUUGUCUUUUGUGUCUCCCGUCUUCAAUUGCCACCUGGGAUUCUAAUGUUAAUAAAAAGAAGCAAAAGAAACACCAGGUUUCCAGGGAACUAACAAGAACUUUUCACUUUAUCUUUGGGAAUGCCUGAUUACCCAUCUGUCAGUCUUUCUGUAAAAUCUGACACUGUCCUCUCAUCCCAGAUGUUGUUUGCUUUGUUUUUGUGUCUAAUAACACUUUUAUACUUGUAUCUCAGACAAGUGUGAGGUACAAGUGUUGCCAGCACCCAAGGGUGUCAAAAUAUUGCCCUCAUCUUUGCCCACCCGCACCCCCACUUGCUGCCACCCUACCGCCCUAUACCACCAAACUUGUGCAAAAUUUUAUUUUAUGAAUUUGAUUGAUUUUGAAAGGAGGUUCCAAACUACAAAUAGAACUGCAUAUUCACAUGUUUUAACUUUCAAAUUAUGGUAAAUGGUAAAAAAAAAUGAUUUCAUGUCCCAGAAUGCUUUACUGGAUCAACGCAUUCAAAACAGAAACAAUUUGUGGUUGAUAUUAGUGUUUGUAACGUAGCAUUUGGUAUUUAAGUCAAAACCUUUGUUAAACGCAGGCAUGUGAUUUUUCCGUCUAUAGUCAGAAAUCUGUCUUUUUUAUCUCUGUAAAAAUAUAAAAUAAUAUUUUCAGCUUUCUUUGUUUUUUCCGACCUACAAUGUGUGUUAAAAUCUUGAUCCGUCUCUUUGCCAUACCUGCCAACAACUACGGUUUUCCCGUAAUGAGUAAGUUUUUUGAUAAUCCAGUGGUAAAAACUACGGGUUUCAAUUAAAAAUUAUUAACUUAAAAAUGGAAGCUACAUAGCGAAGCGACUCUACGGGCAGGGGACAAAAUAUACGGGAAGCAUCAAUGAUGAUUGGUUGGUUUAUGUACAAACUCCGUUUCCAUAUGAGUUGGGAAAUUGUGUUAGAUGUAAAUAUAAACGGAAUACAUCCAUCCAUCCAUUUUCUACCGCUUAUUCCCUUUUGUGGUCGCGGGGAGCGCUGGAGCCUAUCUCAGCUACAAUCGGGCGGAAGGCGGGGUACACCCUGGACAAGUCGCCACCUCAUCGCAGGGCCAACACAGAUAGACAGACAACAAUUCACACUCACAUUCACACAAUGAUUUGCAAAUCAUUUUCAACCUAUAUUCAAUUGAAUGCACUACAAAGACAAGAUAUUUGAUGUUCAAACUCAUAAACUUUUUUUUUUUUUUGCUAAUAAUAUUUAACUUAGUAUUUCAUGGCUGCAACACGUGCCAAAGUAGUUGGGAAAGGGGAUGUUCACCACUGUGUUACAUGGCCUUUCCUUAACAACACUCAGUAAACGUUUGAGAACUAAGGACACAAUUUUUUUAAGCUUCUCAGGUGGAAUUCUUUCCCAUUCGUGCUUGAUGUACAGCUUAAGUUGUUCAACAGUCCGGGGGUCUCCGUUGUGGUAUUUUAGGCUUCAUAAUGCGCCACACAUUUCCAAUGGGAGACAGGUCUGGACUACAGGCAGGCCAGUCUAGUACCCGCACUCUUUUACUAUGAAGCCACGUUGAUGUAAUACGUGGCUUGGCAUUGUCUUGCUGAAAUAAGCAGGGGCGUCCAUGGUAACGUUGCUUGGAUUGCAACAUAUGUUGCUCCAAAACCUGUAUGUACCUUUCAGCAUUAAUGGCGCCUUCACAGAUGUGUAAGUUACCCAUGUCUUGGGCACUAAUACACCCCCAUACCAUCACAGAUGCUGGCUUAUCAACGUUGGGCCUAUAACAAUCCGGAUGGUUCUUUUCCUCUUUGGUCCGGAGGACACGACGUCCACAGUUUCCAAAAACAAUUUGAAAUGUGGACUCGCCACUUUGUAUCAGUCCAUCUUAGAUGAGCUCAGGCCCAGCGAAGCCGACGGCGUUUCUGGGUGUUGUUGAUAAACAGUUUUCGCCUUGCAUAGUAGAGUUUUAACUUGCACUUACAGAUGUAGCGACCAACUGUAGUUACUGACAGUGGGUUUCUGAAGUGUUCCUGAGCCCAUGUGGUGAUAUCCUUUACACACUGAUGUCGCUUGUUGAUGCAGUACAACCUGAGGGAUUGAAGGUCACGGGCUUAGCUGCUUACGUGCAGUGAUUUCUCCAGCUUCUCGGAACCCUUUGAUGAUAUUACGGACUGUAGAUGGUGAAAUCCCUAAAUGCCUUGCAAUAGCUGGUUGAGAAAGGUUUUUCUUAAACUGUUCAACAAAUUGCUCACGCAUUUGUUGACAAAGUGGUGACCCUCGCCCCAUCCUUGUUUGUGAAUGACUGAACAUUUCAUGGAAUCUACUUUUAUACCCAAUCAAGGCACCCACCUGUUCCCAAUUUGACUGUUCACCUGUGGGAUGUUCCAAAUAAGUGUUUGAUGAGCAUUCCUCAACUUUAUCAGUAUUUAUUGCCACCUUUCCCAACUUCUUUGUCACGUGUUGCUGGCAUCAAACUCUAAAUUUAAUGGUUAUUUGCAAAAAAAAAAAUUUUUUUAUCAGUUUGAACUUUAAAUAUGUUGUCUUUGUAGCAUAUUCAACUGAAUAUGGGUUGAAAAUGAUUUGCAAAUCAUUGUAUUACGUUUAUAUUUACAUCUAACACAAUUUCCCAACUCAUAUGGAAACGGGGUUUGUACAUCUAACACAAUUUCCCAACUCAUAUGGAAACGGGGUUUGUAUAAGAAAACCCAUUAUUGGUUGGUUGGUUUACAAUGAUGAGUCACAGGCAAUACAUUAGGGACAGGCCAAUCAGAGGCAAUUUAGAGCGGGUCAUAAAUAAAUAAAUGGGUUGUACUUGUAUAGCGCUUUUCUACCUUCAAGGUACUCAAAGCGCUUUGACACUACUUCCACAUUUACCCAUUCACACACACAUUCACACACUGAUGGAGGGAGCUGCCAUGCAAGGCGCUAACCAGCACCCAUCAGGAGCAAGGGUGAAGUGUCUUGCUCAGGACACAACGGACAUGACGAGGUUGGUACUAGGUGGGGAUUGAACCAGGGACCCUCGGGUUGCGCACGGCCACUCUCCCACUGCGCCACGCCGUCAUCAAACCAGGAAGGGAAAUCACAACAGACGCGCACAUCCCAAAUGACGACGAGAGAGUCGGAGAAGAGAAGAAGGAAUAUUCAAGCGGGUGAUUUAUAUAUUAAAAAAAACUAGUGGAAGAUGGCAGAGGGAUUCUCUUCCUUAGAUUUUUCUUUUAGCGAUGUAGACGAUGUCUAGGAAACCCACAAUGCGUCUACUUGGCCACAGUAGAACAAAUGUAUGCGACUGGAUAAAUCAAUGCCCAAAACAUUUAUUUGAAUUGUUUACCAUGUAAGCCCAAAUCAAAACUGCUCUCGACAUGGAAGACGUGGAAAACACAUUUAAGAACACACAUGAUUGUGGCAGACUUGUGAUGACUUUUGCUACAGUAUAGCCUGUCUAAAUGCUAAAUUUCAUUUCCAUUGGUGUUUUAGAACAAGGCAGUAGCUGACAUGUUGUUCAUUAUUUCUACUGUUUAUAUUUUGACAUUGAAUAGUAAAAAGGGACAAGCCGUAGAAAAUGGAUGGAUGGAUAGUUGAAUCAUUUUGAAACAUAAACAAUAUGACUGCAAGAUAUUUGUUAUUUCAUGCUAUAAAUCACAAAUGGCUAUUCAGAUAAAGGAAGUUAGCUAAUAGAAUAAAAAGUGUUUGUACUCUUUAUGAGUUUUGCAUUUGGAUCAGUUAGAAGUGGAGAGGGAGUCAAAGAGACUGAAAUUGGCUAUAAAAUCCAAGGCAUAAUCCACUAUAGCAAAAACAAAAAGGAAAAUGCAAGCUGCUCAGAAAUUUGCCAGGAACGCUCAUGUCAGAGCAUCAUAGCAAAAAUGCCAAAGUAAUGUGGGAAUGAACCAAAGUAAUGUGUAAAUAAUGUACAUAACUGGAUGAACCAUCAGUGGCUGUGAAGUGAACACUAGUAAGGUUGUAAAUAGAGUAGGAUAACCCAUGUGGUUCCUGUGGAUGUGAACACAAGUUUUAAUUACUGUAGUGACUAAAUAACAUAGUGACUGAAACAGACAAAGUGAUUCAUUUGGAUGAAUGGAGUAUGUAUUUAUGUAAAGUCUGUUGAUAAUUUUUCAAUUCUUUAAACACUAAAACGUCUUUAAAUGGUGUUUUUUUUUUUUUUUGUUAAUUUUUGAAUGUUCAAUUGCUGAAAAACCAGACCCCCGGCUUAUUUUCAGUCUUUUUCAUUAAGUUCAAAUCACAUGCCUGUAAACGUGACCAAAUCUUCCUGUUACAGUGCUAUGAGGACCUAUUUAGUUCCAAUUCAAUUUCUAAGUCAUAAUUUUUUGAUGUAAGGCCAAAUCAAUUCAAAUUUAAAAAAAAAAAAAUUGAAAUUGCAAAUUUUGCACAAGCCUGCCUAUCCCCAUGGCAAGUUCAACAUAAACCAGUUAAUUUUAAUGAUGAAUAUGUCAGCCCUGAGAUGUUUUGUUUGGGGCUGAUGAAAGACAGAAGUUGACAGUAGUGAGGUGUACACCCCAGUGUAGGGCAACGCAAACUAGUUUUUAAAUCAUGACCACAAAUAUUGUAUGUUUUUCCAUCUUUUAUAUUUGUGUGCCCCCAAAAUUUGGCCAAUCACUCAUUCCCACCUCGUGGUACGCCACCCUAAACCUCUACUACUCCCAAGACAAGUCCAACAUAAAUCUAUUCAUCAUAACAUACAAUUUGUGGGAAUCCUCAGUAGGGUUUAUGUGGCAAUGCAAACAUUAUUUUUGAUUCUGAUCACAAACAUUAUUUUUUCUAUCUUUUGGACUGUGUACCCCUCCAAAAUGUGUCCACCCCCUCGUAUAGCACCUAAAGCCCAACCCCCGGUACAAGUUCAACAUAACACAAUUCCCAAAUUCCCACAAUUCACAAAUAAAUACCGUAUUUUCCGCACUAUAAGGCGCACCUAAAAACCACAAUUUUUCUCAAAAGCUGACAGUGCGCCUUAUAACCCGGUGCGCUUUAUUACGAUUAAUUUUCAUAAAGUUUCGGUCUCGCAACUUCGGUAAACAGCCGCCAUCUUUUUUCCCGGUAGAACAGGAAGCGCUUCUUCUUCUACGCAAGCAACCGCCAAGGAAAGCACCCGCCCCCAUAGAACAGGAAGCGCUUCACCCGCCCCCGGAAGAAGA